UGGCAAACAGCUGUUUGCUGAUUGCACGUGUAGUUGAGUUUUUUUGUUUAUAUAAAAACGCAUCGAAUUUUUAGUUUUGUAUUUUUUGAGAACUACAGAGAAAAUGGCCAGAAGACCAGAGCAUUCAGCACCUCCAGAAAUUUUCUACAACGAUGACGAGGCCAAGAAAUAUUCCACAAACACCCGCAUCAUUGAGAUCCAAGUGGAAAUGGCCGAGCGAGCCUUGGAACUGCUGGCCUUUCCGGACGAUGAUGAAUCCCGCCUGAUUUUGGAUAUUGGCUGUGGCUCUGGUCUCUCGGGAAGCGUUUUAGAGGACAGCGAACACAUGUGGAUUGGCGUAGAUAUAUCCAAGUCCAUGCUGGACAUUGCGGUGGAACGAGAAGUGGCUGGGGAUGUGAUCUUGGGAGACAUGGGCGAGGGCCUGCCCUUCAAGCCGGGCACCUUCGAUGGCGCCAUCUCGAUCUCUGCCCUCCAGUGGCUCUGCAACGCGGACAAGUCGUAUCACAAUCCGCACAAGCGCCUGCUGAAGUUCUUUACCACCCUGUUUUCCUGUCUGACACGUACCGCCCGCGCUGUCUUUCAAUUCUACCCUGAGAACUCCGAUCAGAUUGAGAUGGUCACCUCGCAGGCCAUGAAGGCGGGUUUCUACGGAGGAUUAGUGGUUGACUAUCCCAACUCUGCCAAGGCAAAGAAGUACUACCUGGUGCUGAUGACUGGAGGAUCGGCUGAGCUGCCAAAGGCUUUGGGAUCUCCCGAGGAAGAACGUCGUGUUAACUACAUAAAGAAACGUGAUGCCUGUCGUGAGGCACGAGGAAAGGCGCCGAAAAAGUCCCGAGACUGGAUUCUGGCCAAGAAGGAACGCCGACGCCGCCAGGGAUUGGAAACUCGUCCUGAUACAAAGUACACAGCGCGCAAGCGCACUGGGAAAUUUUGAUUAAAGUUUAAGAAGUUAAAAUCA